AUGGGCAUUAUGAACCUUGGGGUGGGUUUCACCGGUGUGUUUAACCGAACCCACAAAAAGCGCGACGGCCAUACCCACGUCUACCUCGCAGACCCAUUCACGACGCUUGUCUACCUCAUAAAACUGGACGACGAUCAAAAAUUUCCCGACAAAGUGCAAACUAGGGCGUGGAUCAAAUCUUCCGGACAGAGCAUCACUCAAGACCAGCAGCGAAGCUCAGACGUGGAACCACACAGUGGAGAAUGCUUUAUUUCCAAUUGCAAAAUUGAGGGAAAAUGGGGCUUUGAAAGCGGUGACCAGGUUGAAAUCGUAAUCGAGGCCAAGGUCGGACAGGCCCUUUUAUGUCAUGUUAGUCAUGUCCUGACCACAACAAACCUUACUUUAAGUGCGGAGCAUGUAGUGACGAGAAAGCAAGCAAGCAAGUUUCCGUAUGCGGAAGGUUGGUUUGCUGGUUUGCUGGCUGGUUGGUCAGAAGAGCUGACCGACCGGAAAUAUCGAGUUACUACGAAGAGAAAGGAGAAUAUAGAUAAUCUAGAUGUAGCAAAGACAGUGGCACUCAACUCGACCUUUUGUCUUGUUCCUAAAUUUCAGAUAUCAUGUCCAGCACAAUGA